CUGUUCAAUAUGGGUGUCUCUACCUUUAUGGAUAAGAUCAAGCCUGGGAAGGCUGAAUCCCAAUUCUCCUCCCAGGCCGCAACUCCUGCUCGUGCCGACUCGACUACCGCUGAAAAGGAUAACCUCACUCUCGAUGAUAGCCCCGUCAAGUACCUGACCUGGCGGUCUUUCAUCCUUGGUCUGUGUGUCUCCAUGGGUGGUUUCAUCUUCGGAUACUCUACUGGUCAAAUCUCGGGUUUCACUACCAUGAUCGAUUUCAAGCAGCGCUUCGCUGAGUACAAUGCCGCCACCGGAGAAUAUGCUUUCAGUAACGUUCGCAACGGUCUGAUUGUCGGCCUGCUCUCCAUCGGAACUAUGAUUGACCGCAUUGGCCGCAAGUUCUCUAUCUCCUUCUGGGCCCUCCUCCACAUCGUCGGUAUCAUUGUGCAGAUUGCCACCACCGAUAAAUGGUACCAGAUUGCUCUCGGUCGUUGGGUUGCUGGUCUGGGUGUCGGUGCGCUUUCCAGCGUCGUCCCCAUGUACCAGUCUGAGUCUGCCCCUCGCCAGGUCCGUGGUGCUAUGGUCAGUGCGUUCCAGCUCUUCGUUGCCUUCGGUAUCUUCAUCUCGUACAUUGUCAACUUCGGCACCGAGACCCUCGGGAACGCCGCCUCGUGGCGCAUCACCAUGGGCAUUGGCUUCGCCUGGCCCCUGAUCCUUGGUGUCGGCACCCUCUUCUUGCCCGAGUCCCCUCGUUACGCCUACCGCCACGGUCGUGCCGAAGAGGCCCGCAAUGUCAUGUGCAAGCUCUACGGUGUCCCCCACAACCACCGUGUCGUUGCCCAGGAGAUGGCCGAUAUGAAGCAGAAGCUUGAGGAGGAGCUCGCCAACGGCAAUGCUCCCUGGCAAGAGGUCUUCACCGGUCCCCGCAUGCUGCACCGUAUCUUGCUCGGUAUCGCUUUGCAGUCUCUGCAGCAGUUGACCGGUGCCAACUUCAUCUUCUACUACGGAACCAGUAUCUUCCAGGGUAUCGGUCUGAGCAACUCUUACGUCACCUCCAUCAUUCUCGGUGCUGUCAACUUCGGUAUGACCCUGCCCGGUCUGUACAUCGUCGAGCACUAUGGUCGCCGCAAGUGCCUGAUGUACGGUGCCGCAUGGAUGUUCGUCUGCUUCAUGAUCUGGGCCUCCGUCGGCCACGAGAUCCUAAACACCAACCCCUCCUCUCACCCCGCCGGUGUUGCCAUGAUUGUCUUCACCUGCUUCUUCAUUGUCGGCUUCGCCACCACCUGGGGUCCUAUCGUCUGGGCCAUCUGUGGUGAGAUGUACCCCUUCAAGUACCGCGCUGUCUGUAUGGGUGUUGCUACCGCUGCCAACUGGACCUGGAACUUCCUGAUCUCCUUCUUCACCCCCUUCAUCUCCAACACCAUCGACUUCCGCUACGGUUACGUCUUCGCCGCCUGCUGCUUCCUCGCCAUUCUCGUUGUCUUCUUCUUCGUCAACGAGACCCAGGGCCGGACCCUCGAGGAGGUCGACACCAUGUACGUCCUCCACGUCAAGCCCUGGAAGUCCUCCAGCUGGGUUCCCCCCGAGGGCAUCGUUGACGACCUGCACCGACCUUCCACCGGGGGUCGCAAAGAGGGUGAGGCCGGCACUGGUGAGCACCAGCACCACGACGAGUCUCAGGAAAUUCGCGAGUAA